GCUCAAAGCCAACAACGGCUCAGGACGCUCAAAGCGGCCUCAUUUUGUUGGCCUCAUUUUGUUUCAUCGGGCCGACUUUUCUCGGCCCCCGGGGGCGUCGUAGCUUGCACUUUUCGCCUCGUCUCGCUUAUCACAACCUGAAAGGGUGCACAGAAGAUGUCGAAGAUCUUGGAGUCCGCGCUCAAGAACCCGCGCCAGCGCAACCUGGACGAUGACAUCAGGCUCAUGGCCGGCAGCAUGCUCACCUACAGCAGCCUGAUGAACAACAACCAAGAGGGCAUGGAGACGCAGGCGGUGACGAUCGUGGCGCGGCAGCAGCGAUCGAAGCUGUUGGGCUGCUUGAUGCUGCCGUUGGCCUUCAUGUACUUCAUCCUGUUUUCUGCCUCCAUCAUGCUGCACGAGGACAUUUCAGAUGUCUACAUGAUCGAGUCAGAGAUGCGCUCACAGAUGGAUGACAUAUUCUCGGAGGUGGAGAGCAUUGAUGGUCUUUGGGAUGCGCUGCAGGGGCCCUUUGCCGAGGUCUUCUUCAAGCAAACGGACAUGUACAACCGGCCCUUGGCGAAGAGCACCAGCAACGAGAAUUGGGGCGACUGGGGCCGCGUGAAUGUCUACCACCAGAUCCAAGGCGCAGUGCGCUUUCAGCAAACUCGCCGCAAUGCAAGGAACUUUGGCAAGCAGUUCGUCUGCAACAGCGUCAUCUCCUGCUUCCUCUGCCGCUCCAACCGGGGCUUCCAGCCGGCGGCCAACGCGCCCGCGGGCGCGGAGGUGGCCUCCAUCGAUUGCGGGUCCUGGGCGCCCACGCGAAGGCUGGCGAACGAGACCCAGGAGAUGGAUCGCCGGCUCUCCUUGAUGCAGCCACCCUUGCUGUCGUCACUUCCAAAGGAGUCGGAGGAUGAGAUUAAUAUUUUCAGGAUGUACAUGUACCCCGGCGAGAGCAUGGCGGAGAGCAGCGAGCGAUUGCAGUACUUCCGGACCCGGAACUGGCUGGAUGAGGACUCUCAGGUGCUCGCGCUACGUCUGUACAUGCUGAACUCUGAACUGGGGCAGCCGAACCUCGAGCAGGUGACGCUGAAGUUCUUCUUCAGCGACGGCGGGAGCGUGUUCUACACCCGGGACUUCCAGGCGAUCUUCUUCGACGUCUUCCCCAACUCUUUGAGCAUGGUGGUGGACGGCUUCUUCUUCCUGAUCCUGUGCUUCACAGGUGUCCUGCAGGUGAUCGUCAUGUGGCGGAUGCUUCGGGACAGAAAGGUGGUCACCUACAUCGCGGACAUCAGGACACUGCUGGAGUUGGUGGUGAUUGCCGGAGGAAUCUUCUUUUGCUACCAGUUCUACGCGGUGUACCGCACCAAGGGCCUGAUGACGGACAUCAUGACGGACAUCAGGGGCUACGGGUGGAACAUCCGGGACGCCAACCAAGCUGU